AUGAGCAGCAGUGAUGAAGAGAUCACUAAGAAUAAUAGAAAUAUAUCUACUACAUAAUAUAGUCCAUAGUUGAGACCUCAUUCUUCAUUCAAUAAUGGACUUUGUUAGUACUGUAAUUCUAAUUUAGUUGGUGGCAAAUUGUUAAAAUCUAGCAAGAGUAAUUUAUAGAUAAGCAAGUCUUAACACAUUUAAGACACUUACUUUGGAAGUGGAUAGAAUUACAAAUUUAAGAAGAAUGAUUUAUCUGAGUUUGAGAAAAAAAUGAAGAAGGCGAGCAAAGAAAUAGAAAGAUUGAAUCGUAUUAUAGCUGAUUAAGCAAUAGAAUUAGAAGCGUUGACUUUUGUAAAGUAAAUGUCAUAGUAUGAAGUAGACAUAGUUGUAAUAUAAGAAAAUCAAAAAUUGAAAAAAGAAAUAGAAGAUUUAAAAGAGUAGUUAAACCUCGUUACUCAUCAUGAGUCUAUAGUUGAUAAUAGUGAGACAUACAAUUACUGGAAUGAUCGUAAAGAUUCUGAAAAAAUCCAAAUGGAUUUCUCCAACAUAGUUGAUUUAGACGAAAAUGGUGACGUUAAUAAUGAUAAUUUUAACUUAGAGUAUGGUAUAAAUCGCAUAGAUGAAAUAAAAAAGCUGCUACUAGAAGAAUAUAAAUUUUUUAAGCAUUUGUAGUCUGAGCCUAGUUUAAGUUAACAUACAGAUGAAUAUAGCAAGAAGCGCAAUGAGCUGUUGGCAACAUUUACUAAAUUGCAACAUUCUCUCUUUCCUCUUUUCUCACCAAUAAACGAAAAAAAAAUACUGAAUAUUAGUCGUAAAUAGAGUGUCUUUUGCGAAGAUGUUACUCCUUCAAAUAAGUCUACUCUUGAAAUAAAACUUUAGCCUAACUGA